AUGUCAAAGAAAAGAAAUGAUAAAGGAAACCAAUGUGAAUCUAAAGAUGAUUCUCCGCAAUCUAAAGAGAAAAGGUCAAAAAAUAGUAAUGAUAAAGAGGAGGGAGAAUUUGGUUGUGGAGAGAUUAAUGAAGCAUAUGUUGACGAAGAAUGUCAAGAAUCUGAUGGCCAUGAGGAUGAAUCUGAAGGGGAUGAGGAUUUAUCUGAUGAGGAUGAAGAAGAAUUUGAUGUUAAUAAAGUGUAUGGAACUAAAAUUUCAUAUAUGUAUCUGAAAAUUGAGGAUUUGAGAAAUGAGCUUUUUGUAAAUAUAAAUGAUGGAGUGUUAAAGUUUUCUGAAAGUGAAAAUUUGAAACAUUGGAAAUUAUUGUUGUUAGAUGAAGAUUUAAGUCCAGAAAAAUUAAAUUUCGGUCAUGAUUCACUACAUUGUGAACAACCAAUCUUGACACCUGCUUUUGGUCAUUAUAAUAAUGAAGAGGAAGGCAUAGAAGUUAAUGAAGAUGAAGACAUAGAAGUAAAUGAUCUUGAAGAUGAUGGUGAAAAUUAUAGGAAUGAUUUUCUAAAUGAUGAUGAAAAUGUUGACGAUGAUGAUCAAGGGAAAGAUGUUGAACAAGGAAAUACAAGUGGAUUCAAUGAAGAAGAUGUCAUAAAUUUGAAUUCGAUUGUUGGAAAUGUUGUCAAGAGUGUUGGUCUAGUUGAUGGUUUUGAAGGUGAUGUUAAUGUUAUCCAGGAAGGUAAUGAGAAUUUGGUUUGGUGUGGUAUAAAUCAGAAAGCAGCUGAAGAUGAUAUGAAUGAAAUUUUGACCGGAACUAUAAAUUUGGGUGAUGAUUAUAAAAACAAAGAAGGAAUUUCAUAUGAUACUGUUAAUAAAGUUAUUGGAGAAAAGAAGAAAGACGAUGAAUCAAUUGCUCCAAGUUUGGUUAAAGGUUGUGCUAAAGGUGAAUGUUUAAAUGAUAAGGCAAAAAAGGAUGGACAAGGUGUGGUAGAAGGUGAAGGUGGUGAAGUUGGUACUGAUUCCGAAAAUAGGGUAGAAGAUGAUUCAAAUAAAAAUAAAGACAGAGGUGUAGAAACUAUUUCUGGUAUUCCAAUCGUUAGUCCUGAUUAUUUAGAGUAUUCGUAUGAUCCCGAUGUUCAUCAAUGCUAUUUGAAGGCAGUGGGAGAUCAAAACUAG